AUGCAAUUAGCGGACAGCUAUCGCGGUUCUGCUGCUUUGAGAAGUGCUUGGUUUGACGCGUUAGCUGAUCUUCAUACAGCUGAGAAUUGGCAUACAGAAGCUGCAGUGUGUCAUGCUCAUUCCCUGGCUAUCAUUGCCAAGGAGCUCGCAUCAAAGGGUCUUUGUAAGAUUGACUGGGCAGCAUUUGAAUGGAUCAGCUCAUCAAUUGUCAAGGAUGAAGGAGCCACAGAGCCUCCAGUGAGCUACAAGUGCAAAAAUGCUCAGCUGGUGAUCGCCCAUCAGCAUCUCGCCCUACCCAAAGACGGGUAG